GUGGCACUCCCUUCUCUUUCUCGCUCCCAUCUUUCUCUUCAUAUCCAUCUCUUCUCUCUGAGUCCUCUCCAUCUCUUCCUUUCAGUUAUCACCUCACCAUGGUUAAGGAUACUGAGUAUUAUGAUGUCCUGGGGGUUACUCCCUCUGCUUCCGAGGUUCAAAUUCGAAAGGCUUAUUACCAUAAGGCAAUGCAAGUUCAUCCGGAUAAGAACCCAAACGAUCCUCAGGCUGCUCAAAAAUUUCAGGUUUUGGGUGAGGCUUAUCAAAUUUUAAGCGAUCCAGUGCAGAGGAACGCAUACAAUCAAAAUGGAAAACAUUGUGUGUCUAGGGAAACUAUGCUAGAUCCAAUGGCUGUCUUUGCCCUGCUUUUUGGAAGUGAAUUAUUUGAGGACUACGUAGGGCAUUUAACUGCGGCAUCAAUGACUACUUCUGAAAUGGCUGAUGAAAGUGAAUUUCCGGAUAAAAUACAUGAAAAAUUGAAGGCUGUCCAAGGAGAAAGGGAAGAAAAACUAGCAAGUUUCUUGAAAGAUUUUCUUGGUCAAUAUGUCCGUGGUGAUGAAAAGGGAUUCUUCCAGCGUGCAGAAUCUGAAGCCAAACGACUUUCUAAUGCAGAUUUUGGACUUGAUAUGCUACACACCAUCGGCUAUAUUUAUUCAAGACAGGCAGCACUAGAAUUGGGGAAAAAGGCCAUUUAUCUUGGAGUGCCUUUUUUGGCUGAAUGGGUUCGACAUAAAGGACAUUUCUGGAAAUCACAAGUAACUGCUGCCAAAGGUGCAUUUCAGCUGCUGCAGCUUCAAGAAGACAUCCACAAGCAAUUUAAAAUGGAUGGCAGUGGCCCUGCAAAUGAUGUUGAAUCUCAUAUUCGCCUUAAUAAGGAUACAAUAAUGAAUUCUUUAUGGAAGUUGAAUGUAGUAGACAUAGAAGUAACCCUGGUAAAGGUCUGUCAAAUGGUCCUGAGGGAAAAUAACGUUAAGAAAGAAGAACUGAAAGCCCGUGCUAACGCUCUCAAGAUUCUUGGAAAGUUAUUUCAGGAAAACAAUUCAAAAGGAGGAGGAGCUUCGAAGAAGAAAAUAGCGGCAGAUUCUGAGGAUGAAGGAAGCAGUUCAGAUUCUUCCGAGGAUGAUGAAUCACCGAGAGCAGUUUCCUAUCGAACGCCUUUUUUCACUCAGGGUAUAGGUAGGCUGUUCAAAUGCCUGUGUAACCCAGCAUUUGAUGUGGACGACGAAGAGAUCGUUUACAGAAGCAAAUGAUGCCAGUUGCCAGAUAAAUGAUUGAAGCAGACAGUCAGCCCUUGUCAACGUGGCAAUAGCAUUUGAUGGGAAGACGAUGCUGUUGGUGCGAACCAUGAAUAAUCAUGUUUUGUGCUACUCAAUUUCAGAACUAUCCUUGUCGACCAACAGCUGUUUGUCAUCCAAACUGCUCAUUGUUUGCCCUUUUUCUUUUUCGGGUUAGAAUCUGUUUUUCACGUCAACUUUUCUUUGGGCUCUUAUUAGAAAAGGCCCAAAACUACAGAACCUAUACAGUGUAUACAAAAUAUUUCAAUUACAUAUCAAAAUUAUUAAGAACUAUUAUUCUCUUUCGGCCUGAAUU